UUUCAAAUAAUGAGCUAAAACGAAGGCUGUUUUGAGGUUUUUAGCGGCUACUUUGAGCUGAUUAGGAGAGGGGGCGUUCACCGCCCAACCUUUUUUUCUUUUUUAACAACAAAGGCGGCAAUGGGUGGAGAGUCUAAGAGGUAUCUAUCAAAGCCCUCAGAUGUCACAUAUUCAAAUAGUUUCUCGGCUAAGAAGUUUUGUCAGUUUCAUUAAAUUUCAGGAUUAAUCUUUAUUCUAUAUUUUGAAAAUAGUAUUGUCGGCAUUUUGAGCAGCUUAAUCAACAAAAAUUAAGAAAUUUCCGCAGCGUUAUUGAAUAUUUUAAAAAACAAAAAUUCGGCUAAUUUUGAAAGAAAACACCAAUUUGAGGUCAAUUUUAUUCAGUCUUUCAUUCUGCCAAUCCUUGUUGCAAAGUUUUCCACAAAAACAUAAAUGAAUAAUUCAUUCGAGAUUUUCGUGCCAUGCAAACAGUUCAAAUGGCACCUGCAAGCCAAAAACAAACCAAAUCCAAGCAUUAGAAUAUAUACGUUAGCCAUAGCCGCUUGAUUUUAAUUACCAUUUGAGCUAAGACCUGCCAAAAACAAGAUUUGUUUUGCAACGAAAAAAUUGAAGAACUGAUGGCGGAAGUUGAGGAGCAAGUAGAAGACCUCAAGAGUUCUUCGGGAGGACUCGCGUUCGAGUUGGUUCUUGAGGCUCCCAAGACAGUGGAACCACCCGAAGUUUUGACGAACCGAAGUGAGAGCACCAGUCCGAGAGACAAAACCGAUAUCGAAAUGAAAAUCGCUCGAGCCGAAGAGCGACGAAAGGAAUUCCUGGACUCGAAAUUGGAGUCGGUUCGCGUGAGCGAAGGGCGCCGAUCUGAGGUGUUGACGAAACAAAAAGAGGAAGAAGAAAAAUUUAUUGAACAGACUAAGAAAAAGAUCGAAAGCGACUUCGAGGUGGUUGAGGCGAACAAGGAAGCCCAGAGAAAACUAUUCGAGGAAACUUGCCAACAACGAGAGGCUAGAAUUGAACAAGCCUUAAAGCGAGCUGCCAAUAACCCUGUGGUGCAACCAUAGAACCACGAAUCGACACCAAGACGGGGUUUUCUUAAACUGAGUUGUUUCUCAUGGUGUAUAUCAUUUUCUAAUAUACAUUUAUAAGUUGUGCAUAAUAGAAUAUAUUUACUACUUACCGAAUUGAAUCUUCUGGCUUUGACAA